UGUGCAUUAUGCGCUGCAUUUUUGUUUUGUGAAGCGCGAUAUGAUUUGAUUGUGUUUUGUAAAUUCAACUAAUGUAAAACAAACACAAGAAACUGACAAGUGUUACUGGAAUAAAUUUCUAACUAUAAUAAAUUCACAAAUUAUGGAUCACAUUCGACAGUAUGACUGGUGUACAUAUCAGCCAGACACUCCAUACUUUGUCACAGAGUCAGAACUGGAUAACUGUGUUACGGAGAAGAUAUUACGUAACAAGUUCUCCAACCCACUUGUCUCCAGCGACUCUGAGGAGGAAGGCAAGGCUCCCAAGAUUGACUGGAAUCUUGUAUUUAAAAAACGAAAUUAUGAGCAGAACUGCCACCGCAUCUUCGUGCCGGGGCUGCGGCCGCCGCCGGCCUACACGCGGCUGUCCGCGCUGGCGUCGCACCAGCACCACCUGGGGCUGAAGGUGCUGUGCGCACUGCACCCGGGCAUACUGGAGGAUGAGUUCAUGGCUAAACCAAAUAAGUUUGAUAUGCAAGCUUUUGAGGCAAUAAAAGAAAUAUUAGAGAAAGAGCAGAAGGAAUACAUCGACUGGGCUAAGAGUCUCUGGACCAACGGGCAAUGCAUCAGAGCGCUCCGGCCCAAACCUCUAAUAGAGUCCGUAUAUGAGGCGGAGUUCAAAGUGAGGGCUAAUCAGAUGAAGGGGUACCCGAAGAUGUUCGAGCUGGUGGCGCAUAUACCCAUGGAGCCCACGGGGGAGUAUGAUAUGGUGAUGGAGAAGGAACUCGUUGGAGUGAAUCCAACAGAGCUACUGAAAGUAGAGAAACCGCUGAACAUACGCAGCCGGCUGUCCGUGAUGCGGCCCAGCGCCGUCCCCGAGCCCUGCGACCAGCACCCUGUCCGCUUCAUACUGCCACACGAGAAAAGCAUCUCCGUCCUGCCAGUGACAGAGGUGUACCGGACCCUAGCCGAAUACGCGAUUGACAAUGGAGCCCUAUUCGUCGCUAGUGAGGGAGCUCUCCGCUGCAUGGCCGAGCGGCGAGCGUGGGCGCUGCCUGUGUCUGUCUAUAGUGUCACACAACCCGGCCCCGAGACAGAAAACGUGAACGUGAUCGUGUUGGGCAGCGAGUUCAUGAACAAGCAGGAAAACGUGAUGAGGCGGACGUUCAGGGCGCUCAGGCAUCUGCUCGAGGUCGCUCUAGUGCCGGCAUCAGAACUAACCAAGAGGUCGCAAGCUCCGCAAGAAGAAGAGAUCGUACCUGAAACUACAUCGUCGCAGGAGCUCGCGUGGCCGGACGACACGAGCGACGAGGAAGACGACCUGUUCAUCGAUUUCGGUGAGUUUAUGUACCAGGGCAUCAGAACUAACCAAGAGGCCGCAAGCUCCGCAAGAAGAAGAGAUCCAAGAGGCCGCAAGCUCCGCAAGAAGAAGAGAUCGUACCUGAAACUACAUCGUCGCAGGAGCUCGCGUGGCCGGACGACACGAGCGACGAGGAAGACGACCUGUUCAUCGAUUUCGGUGAGUUUAUGUACCAGGGCAUCAGAACUAACCAAGAGGCCGCAAGCUCCGCAAGAAGAAGAGAUCGUACCUGAAACUACAUCGUCGCAGGAGCUCGCGUGGCCGGACGACACGAGCGACGAGGAAGACGACCUGUUCAUCGAUUUCGAUGAAGCCUCAACGAAAGAAGGAGACAUAGAUACACCCAGCAAGAAUACAGACGUGCAGACAGAGAUGGAAGUAGACACAAGAACGCCGCAGAAAGAGACGAAAAUUGCGACAAAUGCUAAUAGAAGUUUUACUGAAGGAUUCGGCGUUUAUAAGUGUACAUGUCAAGAUUCAUUAUUCGAGCGGCCUCCGCCGCGUUCGUUCAGAAAAUGGCGGUUCCGAAAGAAAUCCACUUCGGAAAGUUUCGAUGUCAUCGUACACUGCGCGCACAAAUUCAAAGGAUCAGCUGGUGAAAUUAUAUUAGAACCCAUACCGGAGUACCAGGCGGACAUGGGCGCGAGCAAGCAGUCCGAAGAUAGGAUCACGAGUGUUGCCCUCUCGCUCGCACUCAGGGACAGUGACACUAGCGUGCUUAAUGUGAGACUAGACGCGGAAUCCGGCGACAUCAUAACAACGGAAGAGUAUACCCGCGCGAAGUUCUACUCUGAACACGGAGACCGCAGCCACCAUGUGGCCGGCGUGGUACACUCGGCGCUGAGCCAGCUGCGAGGGCUCGUGCCGGGACACUACGUCAUGCAACACGAGCCAAAUCACGGUCUAAACGCAUUACUGUACGCCCCUCGGAACACGGGCAAAGAGCAACCACUAAAACUAGAGUUCGACAGCACGCAACCAGGAGAGGCCGACGAGGCCAAAACUGUGAAGACCCCACCGCAGCUGAUCCCCGCCUUAUUACCGUGGCAUAAAUUCCGCAAGAUCCUGCCGUGCACGUUCACGCACUACCCCAACCAGCUGGCCAAGCCCAAGAAGCCGCCGCCGCGCCGGAGGACCCCGCCGCGCGCCCUCAAGUGGCCGAAGAAACGUGGAGGUCUCAAGAAAGCCGAAUGAAAUGAAGCUGUAUGAAAAUAAAUACUAAUUAACAUGUUAAAUAAGGCGUUUUAUUGAAUAUCAUUGGAAUAAAUAUAGUGGAAUACUGUAA